AUGGUGUUUGAUAAAAUGAUUGUUUUUCAUUUGCUUCUUUGGUUGUGCAAUGCCAUCAUCCAUGCUGCUAAGGUUGACAUACUCCCUGCUCCGCAGUCAAUAAUCUGGGAAAAUGAUACUGCAAUUAUUAUCAAUCCGAGAUUGUUACGGGAAAAUACCUCCUGCUCACUUUUGGAGGAUGCAUUUAGUAGAACCGUCUCGGCAAUAGAAAAGCUGAAGUGGCGACCAUUCCCCAUCGAUGACUUUGAGAACGCAAAUGGUAAAGACAUUAAAACAUCUUUGGUAGAUAUCCAGGUAGAUGAUGUUACAGUCGACUUACAACUCGGAGUUAAUGAAUCCUACACCUUGAAAAUUAAUUCAAAUGGAAUUAAGAUACAUGCAGCAACAAUCUGGGGAGCAUUACAUGGUUUGGUUAGUCUCCAACAAUUGAUAGUUUAUACCUGUGAUGACAAGUAUGUUGUACCCCUGUCAGUGACAAUUUCUGAUUUUCCCAAAUUCAAACAUAGAGGGUUGAUGAUUGAUUCAGGGAGGAACUUCUUAACAGUGGAUUCUAUACUUGAACAAAUAGAUAUCAUGUCAUUGUCGAAGAUGAAUUCAUUGCACUGGCAUUUGGUGGAUUCACAAAGCUGGCCUGUGGCAUUGGAAAGUUAUCCACACAUGAUAAAGGAUGCUUACAGCAAUGAUGAAGUUUAUUCCAAGAACGACUUAAAGUAUAUUGUUGACUAUGCUCGUUCGAGAGGGGUGCGCGUGAUUCCAGAAAUUGAUAUGCCUGGGCAUGCUAGAGCUGGAUGGAAACAAGUUGACCCAACCAUAGUUGAGUGUGCAGAUGCAUUUUGGAGCGACGCUGCUGUUGAACCGCCACCAGGACAAUUAAACAUCGAGUCGGAGAAAACCUAUGAAGUAAUUUCUAAUGUCUACAAUGAAUUAUCAGAUAUUUUUGUUGAUGAUGUCUUCCACGUUGGAAAUGACGAGCUUCAAGAAAAAUGUUAUUCGGCUCAACUUCUGCCAAAUAAUACAGUUACAGAUUUGUUAAGGCGAUACUUAAAGAAAACAUUACCAAUUUUUAAUAAGAUUAAUCACCGAAAACUCACUAUGUGGGAUGACGUUUUACUAUCUGAUGUAUCAGUAGAUAAUAUCCCCAGCAACAUCACUUUACAAGUUUGGCAUGAAAUUGGUGGAGUCAAAAACUUGACUUCCAGAGGCUAUGAUGUCGUAGUGUCACUGUCUGAUUUUUUGUAUCUUGAUUGUGGCUACGCUGGAUGGGUAACAAAUGAUCCUAGAUAUGUCGAAAUACCAGAAAACAUUGACUUCAACACAGGCCAAGGAGGAAGUUGGUGCGGACCCUAUAAGUCAUAUCAACGAAUUUACAACUUUGAUUUUACUGCCAAUUUGACUGAGGCAGAAAAAGAACAUGUUUUAGGUGCCGAGGCUGCGUUAUGGUCAGAGCAAGUUGAUUCUACUGUCUUGACUACAAAGAUAUGGCCCCGUACUACAGCACUUGCCGAAUUAACAUGGAGCGGGAACAAGGAUCGCAAAGGACACCACAGAGGAUAUGAAUUCACUCAAAGAAUAUUAAACUUCAGGGAGUAUUUAAUUAAGUUAGGAUACAAUGUUUCUCCGUUGGUGCCAAAAUACUGUUUGCUAAACCCACACGCUUGUGAUUUGUAUAAAACACCUCCAGUUUAUUAG